AUGUUAAGAUAUCGGACGACGUGUCAUCAUAAGCGGCGAGCGGCAGUUGUUCAGAAUGCAGUUAACGGACACAUUCACUUUCGCGUCUUUUACGUCGAAAAUGUAGACGAAGAAUCUAUGACUCUGUCAGAUGCAUCAAAGCUUGCCGCUUUCUUCAAUUCAAAGUUCUUCCAUGAAACUGUGACCACAAAUCGUUUGGGGAUUCCUUGUGGUCAUUUUGAGCGUUCAUUUCGAAUCGAAGAUGACAAUAUUACGUAUUUGGUAUUUGUCGUGAGGAUUGAAAAAGGUCGGCGGAAACAUCAUCUCAGCGAGAAUGAGCUGUACCAGGUAGCCGAAAAGCUUGGUGCAAUACACGCAAUCAACACGGAGUCCAUGACUCCUGAGUUUUUGCGAGUGAUUGGAGAGAACCAUGAUAACAUCCGUCGUUAUCAGGCUUCUAUUGAGCCCAAGCUGAUUGACAUACUUGAAGAUGCCCUUCAUGGCGAACUAUCACAGUACUUCUCUUUGCCGAUGGAAGUUAUACCAAGGCUGAAAGAAGUUCUCAAGCAUGAUGACGUCUUUAUCGAACCACUGGAACGUGUCAUUUGUCACGGACAUUUAUCAGCGGAAAACUGUCAUUUCAAGGAAACCACCGAACACACUGUAAGCACUUCCGAUACUGCGAAGAAAUUUCUUCACUGA